AUGGCGCUCCUCUCCGAGGCGUUUGUCCUGGGUGCGGCACCGCCCACGAUGCCUGUCGCCAGGCUGCCUUCAAAGCCCGGGCGGGCGAUGCGUGAAAUUCCAGAGAGAGGUGGCCCGUCCGGGCUCGCGGCGGCUGCCGCGGUUUUGGUGGCCGGCAUCGUUGCGAAGAGGAGUGCGACGGCAGUAGCACUCCGUGCAGCAGGAACUUCCACGGGCAAAAAGAAGAAGUCCGGCCGGAGCAUUGCGAAGGAGACACUGGCGAGAUUGCGUUCUCGCUCGCCGCGCAAGAGCCCGAAAUCCGAGGGCGCGCGGAAGAAGAUGCCUCCAGCACCGGAUCCUUGGGAGCUGGACGAGGAGGGCCGGAAGAUUUUUCCUUGGCCGAAGUCCUUCGCUGAGAUUGUGCAGACGGCUGCCUAUUCGACAAUGAAUCUCAUCAUGGAGGGGGAGACUCGUCUGGAGGUUUGCUUUCCUCCGCUCCCAUUGGCGGAUCUCGACUGGAACCUUUGCGAUGUCACAGAGACGAGGGUGGUUGACGCCAACAUUCAGCAUGCCAUUGCCUUCGCAAAGCUCAUCAUCAAGGACAGGCGAUCUUUCCCGCAGAUGAAUGCAGAGCAGGCACUGAAGGCUGCAACCGAGGGGGCAGAGCUUCAAGAGCCGGACAAGAUCAAAGGGCACGCUCCGCAGUCUCUGCUCUCCAAUGCUUGCAAUGCUCUGUCUCUCCAGGUCUAA